CUGCCACUCGCAGCAAUUCCUGAACACACCCGGCACACAAAUCUAUCCUUUGGUGGUCCUGCUUCGCUUCGCUCACCAGUUUUGCAUUCUUCCAUUCAUACACGGCAAAACACAAGACAGCAACCGUCUCUAGGAGCACGAUCCGUUUUCAUUUGCCUUCCCGGGUCUACCGAAAACACAAUGGAGCAUCGUUUGUUCUUGAUGCUUUAUUUCAUCAAACGAAUAAAGAUGAGCGAAUCCGAUAAUGCCCAUUUAAGUGUGGUGUGGGUCCCGAAACCGCCGAAAGAAAGAGCCCAAAAAAAAAAACAGCAGACUGGCGACCGUCGGAAGACCUUCAUUUCGUCCUUCCGGGUUUGUGUGACGAUGGCAUCGAAUCAAGAACAAGAAAAACCCCCGCUCUUGGAAUGGUCAACGCAGUGGCAAACGCUGGGAAAACUCUGCAGUGGAACACGCUGGCGAGGGGCCCCAUGGCUGGAACCCGGCAAGCUUACGGGCUACGUCGCGUACGACCGUUUCAGCGAACGCAAUUGCAACUCACUAGCACCCGAUGGAAACGCUCCAUUGCGGAAAGCCAGCAGCUUCGUCGAUCGAGAGCGUAGCAAAUUACUGCGUCGUUUUUUUGUUCGAGGGAGCCUAGACCGAUUCGAUGCCGAGUCGAUAUCUAGAAUGUUAAGGGCUUCUGGGCAGAGUGGUUUUGGAGACAGAAGAAAUAGAAUCCGAACAGCACAGAUAAUCGAUUCUAGAUAUUGUGUUAAUAUAGGAGUUAUAGUUAGUUGAUGCAAACAAUAAGCCUCAUGAUGCAUUUACUCAUCAAAAUAAUUUCAUAUGAGCCAGGCGCUGUUCUUAAGACAGUGCAAAGGUAAUGUUAAAGAGUUUCAAAUUGGA